UUGAAAUCUCUUAUUUCAUUAAAAUAUUAGUAUGUGAGAAUUCGUAAGAGUAUGACAUAAUACUUUUUGCCUCGUUAAGAGUAUAUAAGAUUAUUACUAAUAUAUUUUAAGUAAAUUAAUGGGCCUAUCUAAAAUGUUAGAAAAACAACAAAAACAAACCCAUCGGUUGGCCUAACUGAUUUUUUUCCAGGAGCACACAAUGUUACCUAACUAUUCAUCUUCCUAACUCAUAAUUUUUUUCCUGUCGGUAAAGCAUAAAUAUCUAUUUUCUGGUCUCAGUUCAUCAACCUUAGCCUUACCUCGUAUUAUUCAAUGAACACCUAAGGAACCAAAAAAAUCUUCUCUAAUCAUUCAUGAUUUCCAUCUUGGUACCCAUCGCUUAAGUUGAUCCGCUUCAUCUGCCAAGUGUGACAAACAUCCUGAAGAUUUUAAUGGAUAUCAUAGUAUUUUAUAAUCUUGAGCCUAAUUAAGUUAGUCAAUGUUAACGUUCAUGUAUUUAGUUGGGUGUAAUGGUCUCAUAUAUAGAAAUUAUACAAGAUUUGUAUUAGAAAAUAGUUUCUGAUGAGAAAAUUUAUUAUGAUAUUGGUUCUUCUGAGAACCAAGUUUCAGGUAUACAACAGCAAAUAAAGACAUCAACUUUUCCGAACUACAAAAUUUCUUAUGAUAUUGGUUCUAUCCUAACUAUAUUUUAAGAUGAAAGAAAUGUUGAACCAUAUAAGUUUAAGACUUUUAGAACCUUGCCUUAGCUAUAUAGUAAUUUGGUUGAGUGAUGUAUGUAUGGAUUUUUGUUUAUAUUAAUAAUAGUGGUAAUAGUUCAGAUAACCAAAGAGAACCCACAUGUUUCAAAACAUCAAAACGAAAUUUCAGUUAUUAAAUAAAUGUUAGGUAAAAAAAAUCUUGUUCACAUAAAUUAAAAUAAUCAUUUUAAGCAACUUGAAUAGCAAACAUGAUCUUCAGUCUCGUCCCCUCCAUUAGCCAUUUAGUAGGAACUAUGUUUCUCAGAACCACAAUAUGACAAUCAGCCUUUAGUCUAAGACUAUGGUUUCGUAAAACAUAAAACUUAAUAGUGUUUAGAAAAUCAUGACCAAGUGCUUCAUUGUUUACCAAACUUAUAACACUAUGAUCAAUAUUAUUAGCACUAUGAUAAAUCUUUUACUAUCUAGUUUAUCCAACAUGUAAUCGUUAACUAUAUUUACAUCUUCAUUAGUUGGACAAAGAAUAGCUCUCUCUUGAAAAAACAGUUUUUUUUUUGUUUUCAUCCAAUAUCGUUGAAUCGCCAUAAAUAGUUGUGCUCAUUGCUUCUCUGCUUCACAAUCGUUAGGCUCAGAAAGUUUACCAUCCCUAACUCUUAAUAUUCACUCUGAAAACUCCUUAAGAUCCUUUGACUCUUUAAGUGACAAAUGAUAUACUAUGGAUUUUACCCACUUUUAGCCAUGGUAUAUGAGUGUUUUAGAAUAUAUUUUUUUUGUUUAGAGUCUAUUUAGAGUAUUUACAGGUUCAGAGACGAUUUGGAGAAAAGAGGUGAUUUUGGUGCCUUUUGGAGUUCUUCAAAGUCCAGAACUUCACAGACACGUCAGAUGUUUAUCUAUGGAUGGAGACCUUUCCACCGUUAGUUUUUUUCUCAUCUUUUGACACAAGAUAUAGAUUUGAGUUAGCUUUCUAAUUACACCGGUUUGAGGUCAAUCAGUAUCCUGUAGCGGAAGUUAUGCUGGUUUUACUGAAAAGUAGUCAAUCUGCAUCGCGAGAGAAAGUUGUCGAGAAGAGGAACGUAUAUCGAUCGAUGCAGCACACUGCAUAUCGAUCGAUAUGAAUGCCAGAAUGCAGGCCGAAUGCCAGAAUGCAGGCCGAGUAGAUUUAAUGACCGACUGAUGCUCAGGAGCCACCACAAAGUUACCAAAAUACCCUUGGACGAACAGAAACCCUAUUUAUGUAUUUUCUAAGCCAUUAUAUUGUUUACGGCUACACUUUCCUUAAUUCAUUAUUCAUUGUUCUUAGUUAGGAGAGAAGAGAGGAACUCCUUGAGAGUCCUCUUGGAACUCCAUUUGUUUUGGUUUUAUAUCAUUUAUGUUUUUCAUUUAUUCAUCUAUGAUUUCUGUGACAAACUUCAUGUCUGAAUAGAUCCACCUGUUAGGUUUAGGGUUCAGAUAGGUUAUGAGGGAUUAACCCCAAAUAUAGAAUUUCUAAGUUAUGAUAUUCAUCAUUGAAGACUGUUCUUAUUGCUUGUUCUUGAGUAAUUAACAUGAACUUGAUCUUACAUUAAUUAGGCAUUAGCUACUUCUUUGUCUCAUAUCUGACUUGUCUUCUCUGAGCUAGGAUUGAUAGAUACAUCGAGAGUUGGUUUAGAAACCCUAGUGAACACAUUAUCAACCCACGCUCAAAGCUUACUAGAAGCGUAUCGAUCGAUUCUCCUACAGAGAUAUCGAUCGACACGAAGAAAGGCAAAGCGGUCGAUUCUCCUAUAGAGACAUCGAUCGAUGCUUUCCUAGAUUUUGACAACGAAAGUUGGAGAUCUUGGAUCUAGUAAUAGAUAACCUAAGCAUCGAGAGUUGAUUGGUUAUUCUUAUAGUUGAGUUCUAUAAUAUCAUGCUUUAAUCUCUAUAUCAUUAUGAUCCUGAUUUCCUAAUAGAAACCUUAGAUCUAGUAAACCAUUGUUCCAUCAAACAACUCCCAAGUUGAACGAUUGUCUUGUUCAAUUUGUUUACUGCUUUAUUUACUGCUUUAUUUAUAUUUACUGUCUUAUAAUCUAUUAGCCUAGCUUAAUCAUAUAACUAUUAAAUCUAGUGUGUGCCCUAACUUCCUGUGGAUUCGAUCCCUAAGUGCUACAACUCGACCUCUUAUUUGAGAGAGUAUAAAUCACUCCUUAAGGUAAUUUGAGUGAUAUCAAAUUUGGCACCGUUGUUGGGGAGUGUUGAUCGCCAUUAGAACUUUUCUAGUUAGAUUUAGUCUAGGUUUUACUUUUGUUCAACAAAAAACUCAUAAACUUUUUUCUUGUGUUUUAGGUACAUAGAUAUGAGUACCAGAAGCAACAAGGGAAUAGGGUUCUUAUUAGUAGAGCCACUGGAUUUGGAAUGUGUGAUCCAUAAGUCUAAGAGGGCAGUCGACACCCUCCAAGCAGCGAUCAACAGCGUAGAAAUCCGAUUAUCGAUCGAUGCCGAUCAUCAAGUAUCGAUCGACACCCUCCAAGCCGAAGCAAUCAACAGCGUGAACCAAGCAUCGAACGACACAAUUCAGCAUGUGUCGAAAAACAAUGUUCAUGCGGGUACUGUUCAUGGGGCAUUGUUCAUCAGAGUACUGUUCACAAGGUCACUAUUUAUCCCGGGACUGUUCACCUCGACACUGUUCACCAGAUAUCGAACGACACCGUUGAUUUGGCAUCGAUCGAAACACUAUUCAUUGCGGCACUGUUUACCGAAACACUAUUCACCAGGACACUGUUUAUCACAAAUCGAUCGGCACUGUUCAUCCCGCAUCGAUCGACACCAUUCAUCCCGCAUCGAUCAAUACUGUUCAUCCCGCGUCGGCGAAACUGUUAAUCACGACACUGUUCAUCGCGGUACUGUUCAUCAAAACAAUGUUCAACACUACACUGUUCAUCCGUGUACUGUUCAUCCGACGCUGAAAAAUAAUAUUCAUCAAGGGUCGACCGAGAAAACUUGCGUGGAAACAGAGGAAGUCAAUGUAAUCAUACUGAGAUUCGAUGAGAAUUGGAUGCUAAGAGAUGAAGAAGGUCACCCUCGCAACACCACAGGACAAUUGAUUAAUGCAAAGUGUGUUGUAAUCCCUGAUGUGAUUGUUGUUGUUGAGACAACCGAGUUUGAUCUGAACCGCGAAUGUAUGAUUGGGGAAGUGUGGACCCUUUCCAAGGUCUUCUUCAUGAAGAUCCCAGAGACCAUAUCAAAGAACUUGAGGAACUAGCCUCAUCAAGCAAGCAGAAUGAAGUAUCUGUUGAUCACAUUAUCUGCACGAUUUUCCCAUACUCUAUAUUCCUCAACAAAUUUCUCUAUGAAGCUGCAGAAACUCGAGAGAGGAAGUUUGAUGAUAUGGUGGACCAAAUGAUUAAAGGUUGGGAGAAGGAAUUGAUGGCUAGAUUCAGUCAGAUGUUGGGUGUAGACUACACUGAGCCAAUUGAGAAUUUGAAACCAUGAGCACUCACAUCAAGAAGCCAGACAUUCAAGUUCAAUAUGCAGAUGAGGAAACACAGAGGGACAAACUGAACAGAGGACAGCUGGUCAACCAUUAUACAGUAGAAGGUGAUGAACAACAUGAAUUUGGAGAGCUGAGCAGAGUAGAAGAAGCUGAUAUUAGUGACACAAGUUCAGCAUCGAUUGACAACCUCACAUCACCAUCGAUCGACACCAGCACCUCGGAAUCGAUCGAUACAUACUUUUUUCAUCGUAUCACUCAAAAUCCCUGAAAAAUUGAGUAGUCCUCAGGACAUUGCAGAAUCGACACAGAAGAGCACUAAUGUACCAAGUUGUUAUCCUACCUUAGGUAUGGACAUAGAGAUUAACAUGGAUGAUUUCUUGUUGGAGCCAGAGGAUAGAAAACAACUUGGAGAUUUGGAUUCGAGUAGAGAAGUUUCUACAGAAGAUUUUUGGAGCUAAAGGAUGAAGAACAUCCUGAAAAUUUGAGACAAGACUUGGAGAUGAAGCUUAAGGAUCCAGAAACUUCACUAAAGGUUAGCAUCGUUCGACACCAACAUGAUGAGAUCACUCGACACCCACCCUUCAUCAUCGAUCUACACCCACCCUACAUCAUCGAUCGACAGACACAAGACUGCAUCGAUCGACACUCAUUGUUGCAAAAGCUACCAUGAUACAUAGUUAAGCUAGCGCCAGUUGAGGAAAGAGAAUACAAGUCUCAGGCCUCACACCUUGCUGUCACCAAACAUCUGAGAUCACCAAUCUGUUCAGAAGAAGCUACUGAAUUUGCAAAAGAGUGAAGAGGACACAUGAUCCUGUGAAAAUUGUCGUUCCAUGCACGGUAUUUAAAGUUGAAUCUCCUAUCCCUCCAUAUAGAAGUACACAACUAGGUUCCUACAAUGUAGUAUUUGAUGAUCAUCAGCAUGUAGUAGCUUCUCAGAGAGGGUUGAUACUUAGAAGUGACAUCGAGCAAGGACCAUCAUUGGCAGUGUCGAACGACACCAACCCGACAUCAUCGACUGAUACCUCUUUCUUCAUAUUGAUCGACACCCCUGUGGUUUAUCACACGCGGAGACAGAAUGAGACAAGUCCGGGGGAAAGAAGAGAAGGAAAUGGAAGAAGAGGAAAAGGACCAAGAUAGAUUCUCAGUUAUCAUUGACUUCUUACUUCUCAGAUGGUGUCAGGAAAUCCAGAGUGCGCAACAAAAGCUUCUCACAGCCGUUUACAAAGCUUCGAGCACUCCUUAUUGCUGAGAUGAUAGACAAAAGAGAAGAGUAUAUGGAGGAGGCUUUCACACAAGAAUGAUAAAGCUUCAGAGAGUGGACAUUGAAACAUGUUUUGGACCAUGUUCUCAUUCUCAUCCGGACUAAAUCAGAUCUCCAGAAGUCAAGCAAAAGACUAAAAACAAGCGCUGAGUGGAAGGCAACCCACUGUUAGGUUUGUUUUCAAUUUGGUUUUAUUAUCAUAUACUACUAAUAUUUGCUUUUAUUUAUUGCAGGUAUAAAAAAAAAGUGAACAGUGACGACGACAAUGUAACAGAGUUACUGUAGCAGCACAUCGAGCGACACUGUAGCAAGAAAAUCGACUGAGACUGUAGCGAGUUACUGUAGCGAGUUACUGUAGCAGUAUACUGUUCAUCAAAAAAAACAGAUCAGACUAAAAGUUUGCCAUCAGCAUCGACCGAUGAGACCAGGUCGAUAUCGAUCGACAUCAUCACAUCAGAAACGAUAGAAGUGCACUCACUUACAUCGAUCAAUACGGUUUCAGUCAUGUAUAACGUCCUAACUUGUUAUAUUCAGUACUUAUGCUUUAAGUUUUUAGUGACUGUUAUACACUGGGGACAGUGUAAUUUAAGUCUGGGGGGAUUACUAAUGA